AUGUCCCUUUCAACGUGCGGCAAACUCUUCGGUGACCCUCCAACAUGCGCCAAACCCACAAGUGAUUGUCCAACGUGCGUCAAACCCAAAGAUGACCCCUUCAACGUGCUGCAAAUUCUGAGUAAAACCAGAGGGGACUCUCCAACGUGCGCAAAACCUAGUGAUGACCCUCCAACGUGCGGCAAACACAAAGAUGAUUCUCCAGCGAGCGUCAAAGCCAAAUGUGAUCCUUCAACAUGCGGGAAACCCAGAGGUAACCCUCCAACGUGCGCCAAACCUAGUGAUGACCCUCCAACGUGCGGUAAAUCCAAAGGUUACCCUCCAACGACCGCCAAACACAGAGGUGACCCUCCAACGUUCAGGAAAGCCACAGGUGACCCUCCAACGUGCGGCAAACCCAGAGGUGACCCUCCAAACAAGCCCAGAGGUAACCCUCCAACGGACGGCAAGACCAGAGGUGACCCUCCAACGUACGGCAAGACCAGAGGUGACUCUCCAACGUUCGGCAAGACCAGAGGUGACCCACCAACGUACGGCAAGACCAGAGGUGACCCUCCAACGUACGGCAAGACCAGAGGUGACCAUCCAACGUUCGGCAAGACCAGAGGUGACCCUCCAACGUUCGACAAAACCAGAGGUGACCCGCCAAUGUGCGGCAAAUACAAAGGUGGCCCUCCAACGUGUGCCAAACCCCCGAGGUCGGUUCCCACAGUGACCCUCCAACGGGCGCCAAUACCAGAAGUAACCCUUCAUCGAAUGGCAAACUCAACUCAAACGUACGCCAAAAUUAGAGGUGUCCCUUGA